AUGACGACAGCGAUGAUGGAGCAAUUCAACGCCUCCUUGACGGAGAAUUUCUUUCAAGAAUCCACCACGGAUGUGUUUGAAAAGUAUGAUUUGGUGGAGGAAGCGCGAAUCGAUGAGCUUGGGCCCAUCAGAAAGGUCACCCCCAAGGAUUCGUCCACUUCAGUAACUUCUCUACGAGUCUACAGUCUCAAAACAAUUCACUUGAAUCGAGUUUCCAGAAUUGAUUUGCAGCAGGAAGAACUCCGACAGGAGAUCAAAGCACUAAAGGCUCUGGAUCAUCCAAAUAUCAUCAAGCUCUAUGAGGUCUACUACAACGAAGAAGACAUUCAUAUGCUGCUGGAAGAAACAAAGGGCGAUGACUUGUAUUCCAGGAGUCCCUACACAGAGAGACAAGCUGCCAAUAUUUCCUCCCAGCUGGCCUCGGCGGUGGCUCACAUGCACGAGAAUGGUGUCAUUCAUCACGCCCUUCGGUUUGAAACUAUAUUCUUUGAACAUAACGGUGCGAAUGCAGCAAUCAAAGUGGCAGAUUUUGGGGGGGGAGCAUCACAGGGCACUGUUUCUGGCGCAAGGUCAAUCUAUGCGAAAGCACCAGAAGCAUUGGAAGAAGGUUCUGUCAAUGCGCUUGUGGACUGUUGGUCCAUGGGCGUGAUUUUCUACAUGUUACUGUCGGGCCAGAUACCCUUCUACGCUCAACGAAGCAAGAACAUGAUUGCCAAAAUCAAAAGAGCAAAGUACUCGCUGUCGGGGCAAGCGUGGGACGGGAUAUCCAAUGGCGCCAAGCAUCUGGUCGCAAACUUGCUCUUGGUAGACACGACAAAACGGUAUACAUCGAAACAAAUACUGGACCACAUCUGGAUACGAAAGUGGACGGCAGCGUGCGCGGAGACGGCUCCUCUGGAUGAUCAACUGCUCACGGCCGUGGAUGACUCGUUGCGGCAGUACAGGCAAUCUUCCAUAUUGAAAAAGUUGGGUCUCAACAUCAUUGCUCACAAAUCAACGACGCAAGAGAUCAUUGCAUUGCGGAAAGUGUUCGACUCGAUUGAUAAAAGUCACAAUGGGACCGUCGACUUUGCUGAAUUUAAGCAAGGUCUUGGACGAUCCGGGUUCACCGAACAGGAAUUGGCCCAGAUAUUCGAGAGCAUAGAUGUUGACCACUCAGGCCAAAUCCAAUAUACAGAGUUUCUCGCUGCCACCCUAGAGGCUCGGGGGUAUCUGGAAGAAGACAGGAUAGCCGAGGCCUUUGCUGCCAUUGAUCGCGACGGCUCUGGUUUUAUUGACAAGAGUAAGCUCACGUCAAUUCUUGGACAGAGCUGCACGUCAGAGCAAAUCGACGAAAUCAUCAAGAUUGCGGAUAAAAACAAUGACGGAAAGAUCAGCUACGACGAGUUCUUUGAUGUGUUCCGAGACCAGACCAUGAUUCUCGCGGCACAAAUUGGAGAGGUGGACGAACCCACUGAUUUGUAUGAUGACGAUGACUUCGCCGAUUUCUCGUUAGAUUUCGACCCAAACAGCGGAAUGUAG